CGCAUUUAUCUGAUGGGAGCUGGACAUGACGGCUUGGCUGCAAGUCUUUCACCCCAGGAAUGUGAAUCAAAAACUAGCUCAGGAGGGGAGUUAAUAAUGUUUGACGCGUCUGUGACGCAGCGCCUUUCCUUCCCUAAAGUCUCCAACAUCCACACGGAGCAGCAUUUUCCCUCCUUCAUCUCCUCCCAGAUGAGUCUCCUGUUGGUCCUUAAAGGAACUGGAUUUGCCACUCCUCACCCCGGCGGCUUCAAGUGUUUUACAUGUCAAGACGCUGCAGAUAACUACGAGUGCAACCGCUGGGCCCCAGAUGUUUACUGUCCAAAAGAUACCGGCUACUGCUACACGCUCCACAUGAUGGAUAACCAUGGAGACAGCGUUUCUGUGACCAAGCGUUGCUCCACCUUAGAGAAUUGCCGCUUCACUGGCUGCAUCAACAUCACCCAUAAUGGCUUCCAGGUGUGCACGUCGUGCUGCGAGGGUAACAUCUGCAAUGUGCUGGUACCCAGGAAUGACAGCAGCGCAAUGUUCUCCUUCCCCACUCCUCUGGGCAGCUCGGGUGGCAGGCUGCUUCCUGCUGUGCUGCAUUUCUUCCCCCUCGUCAUCAUCAGCAGCUGCUGGACAUGUUUAAGAGUCAAAUAA